AUGAACACUGAAGUCUCAGGACCUUCCUUUAAAGUUACAAGAGAACACACAGUCGGAGAUGCCAAAAAGUUGCUUAUGAUGUCUGUAUGUAGCCUUUGCCAAACGCUUGGAAAUAACCUGGAUUGCAGUGUCGAAAUUGCUAAAGAGAUAAAAACUUAUAGCAUUCAAAUUAUUGGCGAUCAUCUUAUGUUAUUUUCAGUUUCUCUCAUAGACAAAGAGAAGUUCUUGGCCGUUGAGCUGGUUUCUUGCUUGAUUCCGUUUUCGUUUGAUGCAAUUCAUUAUUAUACAAAGAUAUUUAAUUUCUUCAUGAGAAUUCGAACUGAGUUUGUGAAUCAGGAGAAGUUACAGAGAAAAAUGUACUCUUCCGCUCCAGUUGACAAUUCUGUGAAGGUACGAGAUUGGCUACUCUUACCUGAUGAUUACUUUUUCUAUGAUCUAAAACCUUUACCAGAGAACAUAGACAAAAUAAUUGUAAUAUGA